UGCGUCUAAUCAAAACCAACUGGAGAAAGCUCUUUCCAAGCACGGGUAACUUGCAGACGUCAAAGCCAUACUGAAAAAGAGAGAAAAAGAGAGAGAGAGAGAGAGAGAGAGAGAGAGAGAAGGAGGAAGAAUAGAAGAGUGUGAGUGUCGCUCCAGAGGAAGUAUUGAACUCUCUGAGAAAGUUGUGGGAGGACAGAGAGUAGAAAGUAGAGAGAAUAAACAGACAGUGAAAGAAGUUAAGACAGAGAGAGACAGAGAGAGAGAGGGAGAGAAAGAGAUGGGAGGGGGGUAAAGAAGGGGAUGAAUCAGUCUCGGAAAGUGUCAGGAGCACAUGGAAUCGCAGAGAAAGAGAGCAGUCAUGUCCCGCCGGCACGAGCACUCUGCGUCAGCUAAAACCCGCUAAUGCGAUCAAGAUGAGCUUCAGGCUGCAGGCUCUCCCACCACCCGGCGCCUUCAUUCACUCUUCCCCACUUUUCCCCACUUGCCACGGCCUGGCUGAGCCUGAGAAGGCUCUGUGCGAUUGAGACACCGAGCAGCCUGGUACGAAUCUGGAGACGCAGGGGAUCGAAAGGACUACACGUGGAUCUACCUUUGAAUAACUGUGUAUUGAAUGGUUCUGGAACAAGAAGAAGAAGAUUGGACCAAGUAUAAGUCCUCUGGUGACAGCUUUAGGGACUGACCCAAAAUUAUACCAAGACUGCUUCCUAAGCAGUCAUGGACAGUUUUCUGGAAGCGACAUAAGGAGGUACAUUUUGAACAUUUUGAAAGUGUCACCCUGAAGGGAGCUCGGCAUUGCUGAUUUUUCUUGUCGGUCGAUACAUUCGAUUCUUGGCACUCCCUGUCACUCGGAAGCUUUCAAAGGUUUCUAAAUUUCUGUGAACAACACUAGAGAAAGCUUCUGCAGAUGCAUGGGGGCUAAAUUUGGGGAAUCAAUGAUGAGGAUAACGGAUCCUAAAGCAUCACGAGAGAGCCUUCUUUCAAAGAUGCGGGAUAGUCACAGUUGAUGCAGUUGUUGAAAGCUAUGUUUACUUCAACUUCAACUGCUAGGAGGAUCUUAAGCCCUUGAAGAGAGUCAAGCUGGAUGCUCAGCUCUGAUGCUUCACACUUAGAGGAUAAAUUGUUUUCUUGUUUUUUCUUGGUCAAUUCUAAUCUUGACGAUUGUCUCUCUUGGCGGCACUGGUCUUCUAGGAGUCCUAGUGUUUUUGUUUCUUGACUAUCUUGCUGGUCAGUGAUGCAGUCGUGGAGAGCUGUCCCACCAGUAGCCCCUGGUGACAUGUGACCUCAGUAACCCGGAUGACCCCAGGACUGGGCAGUGUCAGGGGAGUGAGAUCACCACCCGGCGAGAACUGUGGGUAACAGGUCGUGACAUCGCCUCGACCGGGCAUCGCCAGCCAGCUGACAGUGACACACAGCCACACGAAGAAAAGAACAGAACAGAAGUGAAUAGAAAAGGAGACCAGAGGAAAGGUCUGCUUUAGUGCUUUGUGUGGGUGGAUAAAGCAGGGCUCUAUGGGAUAGCAGAGGUCGCCGGCCAUGCCUGUAGCCCUGAGCAAGAGGAGCUGGGAGGAUCACGUAACCCCGCGCUCAAAAACCCAGUACAGCUACGACGACCUUGACCUAGUCUGCAGCCAUGGCAUCGUUGAAGGCAACGGCUCGCCCGCAGUAAGGAGCCGGAGGCCGAGGUGUGCAUCGAUGCCGGAAUGCCGCCGCCGUCACCACCGGUCAGGGAUUGGAGUUGGAGUUGGUGGGGAGAAAGAUGAAAGUGAUGAGGGUCUUGAUUUGAUUGAUUCUAGGAGGGACAAGGCAUUAUCUGAUGGAUUUAAGGAUGUAGAAACCUCUAGUUUUGAAGGAAAGUCAGGUUAUUCCCCUCGGACUGAUGAUCUGGUCCAAAGGACAAUGACUGAAAAGGACAAAGACAAUAACCAGUCCAUUGGUGUUUCUAAUGAAGACUUCAGAAACGGUAACAAGGAGGAUGAAGAAACUGCUGCUGAUACUACCUCCUCUUUCUCGGAACAUUCUGCAAAAGUUCUACAAGACAACCCUGAGAGACUUGAAGUUACUGCAACUGCUGAGACCUUCCACAGCAAUUGCUCUAAAGAAGAAAAAGAAGAAGAAGAAGAAAAAGAAGAAGAAGACUGUACUGAGGUGACAUUAAAACAAGAAGAUAUGAUCGAUUCGACACAAAGUCAACCAAACAUUGGGUUGUCCCAACUGGAAGAUGGAGGGAAACCUGUCGAUGGUCCUAUAGCUGACCAGCUUGUGAAUGGACACGUCAAAGAAACGGUCUUAGCCAAGGUGACAUCUAAAGAACCAGAUUUUGAUUUCAACCAAUGUGAAGCAAAGGAGCAAACCAAAGAACAAAAGAUCAAUGAUGUAAUUGCAAAUGUGGACACUACUGGAGAGAUCACAAACUCUCAGAUCGGAGAUUCUGCAAAAGUUCCAAAUCCCGACAUCCAACAAAACUCUACAGCAACUAUCACUCAAUAUAACGAUGUCAUCAGUGUUGGUGAGGUUUUGCCCACUCCAAACCUCAACAUUUCGACUGAGCUUGAGUCUUCUUCUACAGGUCUACCAGAAAAUGGCGCCAGAGUCUCCAAACUGGAUACAAUCCAUGAGGUGUCCGUGGUUGAUUCUGUAGAGAAAUCAGUUGAUCAGGUGAUGGUGAUCGAGAAGUCUAAUUGUUCUACACCUACAACAUUAGUGGACUCCAAAGAUCCAAAGGAAGAGCUAAGGGAAAUGCAACAGAAUGAUUCUUCUGGACCAGUACCUGAACAGGAAUCUCUGGAAAACUGUCAAAACAAGGUCGUUGAAUCUUCAGAGACCUCCACUGAGUCUUUACCGGAACGUUCCACAUAUACCUCUCAAUCCAAUGGACCCAGGAUUGGUAAUGAUACAGUUCUUGAUGGAAACGAUGGGUUAGAAAGAGAGUCAAAACCUCAGGAACCCUCGGUGAGACUACGCACCAGGAAGAGUUCUCGAGAGGACCGAGAGAAGGAGCGCUCCCGAUUGGACUCCAUGGUCCUCCUCAUAAUGAAGCUCGACCAACUGGACCAGGAGAUUGAGAGUGCCCUAAGCUCCGCCCCCUCGAGCAAUGGCACACCCACCCUGAAGAGACGCAUCAUCUCUGAAGUGGAUGCGGAGUCUCUGAAUGGAGAGGAAAGUGUGUUUGGCUCUCUGCACUCUCUGAACUCUUCUCAUCAUCAUCAGUCUUCAUCUUCACUGUCCUCUGCGGGACCGAGUGGGACCCCCGGGGCUAAACCUAAGAACAGGACCUCUGUGCCGCUCUGCGAGAAACACCGAGCAGAAAUCGAAGCGAAGGAGGCGUGCACGUGGCUGCGGGCCGCCGGUUUCCCCCAGUAUGCCCAGCUCUAUGAAGAUGGUCAGUUCCCGACUGAAAUCUCUUCAGUCACCAGAGAUCACGACUUUCUGGACACAGAUGCCAUUGAAGCACUAUGCAGGAGGCUGAACACUCUCAACAAGUGCGCCUUGAUGAGGCUGGAAAUCACUCCUCAAAGAAAGAGAAGUGAAGACUCUGAUGAUGAUGAACCUUGUGCCAUCAGCGGUCGCUGGACCUUCCAGAGGGAUAGCAAGCGCUGGUCUCGUUUGGAUCAGCUGGAUCUGGAUGUCUUCUCGCCGCCAGCAGGGGAUGUUGUGUCCCAGGAUAAGCGACUACCAGAUGGACCCCUGCAGCGGGAAGGAGUUAACGCUAGUGCGGAGAGCGUUCUAACCGAUCUAAGUGAGCAGCCAGAGGUGGGAUCCUUGCACAGUGCUGGAAGUGGCAGCCGUGGAGGCUCACGCAGCACGACCAUUCCAUCCAGCCCUGUUACACCUCUUUCUAACGUCGCCACAGCCUCCACUACCCGUGCUAGCUCUGUUGCUAGCAUUUGCUCUUCCGGGACAUCUGGUGCUAAUGAGGAUUCCCUUUCCGAUGGGAUUCCCUCUCCCUUGGAACAUGGAAACUUUCCAUUCGAGGCCAAAAGCAUCUCAGGAAGCAGUGGAGGUGGUAAAAGCACACGUUCUAGGGCCAAAAGCUUCUUGAAGCGCAUGGAGAGCCUGCGGCUGCGCAGUAGCAGCACAGCUUCAAAACGCAAGAAGAAGGGUCUCACUGGCCAGGGCAGGCUGGAGAUUGGUGGUCCGGUUUUGAAGGAGGGCUUUGAUGAGGAAAAGCUACGCCGGCUGAACUGCAUUGACAUUGCCACUCUGGACCGCAAUGGGAAUCGCAAUCGCAGCAUCUCCUACUCCACCCAGACAAGCAGUGGGAGCACAGGAAGCAGCCAAUCAGAGACUAGCAGUGGCAGUGCCGUGAGCACGCCCAGUCCAGUCACAAGAGCACGCAGCCACAGCACGGCUGUCGGCUCUACCAAGCGUGCCGGAAUGUACCUGGAAGGUUUUGACCCUUUCAACAUGGUUCUGAUGCAGGAGAACGCGGACCUAGAGAACAAGAACCGAGGGAGGAGGCUGGGAUCUAGCGUGGAUGCUGAGAACAACCAACGAAACUGCAAACGUUCAGAGCAAAGGCAAACGGAACACGAGAGGACAGAGGAACAAGGUGGUAUGAUAUUCUUCUUCUUGCCUGAAGGUCACAAGCCUGGCACUUUCCCCAAAGCACUUGCCGACGGUGGACCCUGUGGCCGCGGUGGCAACUUGAACCGCCGCGUGCCCCGGCGAGGCUCUUCCACCUCACUGGACAGUCGGUUGAGUUUCUAUGACAAUGUGCCCUUUCCUGAAAUGGGUGAUGAAGAGGAGGAAGAGCCAGAAGGGGAAGAAGAUGAGGAAGAGCCAAAGAUGGAGGAGGUUCUCGAGCAAGUUAGCGACUUGCAGAGGUUGGUCAGCGGAUGGUCGGAAUCAGGACCAGGGGAGGAGGAGGAGGAGGAGGAGGAGGAGGAGGAAGAAGAAGGGGACUCAGACUCUGCUCUGGAUUCUGCUUCUCCCUGCCCUUCAUCACCCUUGCAGAACCAUUUAGAGGAGGCAGAGAACGGGAGCGACCAGGAGAGUCCACUUGGUGAACAGGAUGACUCGCUCAGUGCCAGAGACAGGCGAGACUCUGGUGUAGGAGCAUCUCUUACUCGUACCAACAGGCCCCAGAAGCUACGCUGGCCCAGUUUCCAAAAUUCCCACAGACCGAGUGCGACGUCGUCGCUGCUGCAGGUGAGCUGCCAGUCUGUACUGCAGAUGAACCUGCUGCAGAAAUACAGCCUACUGAAGCUCACUGCACUGCUGGAGAAGCACACGCCCACCAACAAACACGGCUUUAGCUGGGCCGUUCCAAAGUUCAUGAAGCGGACUAAGGUGCGGGACUUUAAGGACCGGAGUGUGUUCGGUGUCCCGCUGCAAGUGAACGUCCAGAGGAGCGGUCAGCCCCUCCCACAGGGCAUCCAGCAGGCCAUGCGCUACCUCCGCAACCACUGCCUGGAUCAGGUGGGGCUCUUCAGGAAGUCAGGGGUGAAGUCUCGGAUCCAGGCGCUGCGGCAGAUGAACGAGUCGUGUGGGACGGACGGGUGCGGGGUGACUUACGAAGGCCAGUCGGCGUACGACGUAGCGGACAUGCUGAAGCAGUACUUCAGAGACCUGCCUGAGCCGCUCUUCACCAGCAAGCUCACCGAUACCUUCCUGCAGAUUUACCAAUACAUGCCCGUAGAUCAGCGUCUGCAGGCGGUUCGAGCUGCCGUUCUGCUGCUACCCGACGAAAGCCGCGAGACCCUGCAGACUCUGCUGUGUUUCCUGAGCGACGUCACGGCCAACGUGCGGGAGAACCAGAUGACCUGCAUGAACCUGGCCGUGUGCCUCGCGCCGUCACUCUUCCACCUCAACACGGUCAAGAGGGAUGCGUCCUCACCCAGGGUGAUGAGCAGGAAGAAUGCGCUUGGGAAGCCUGACCAAAGAGAUUUAAACGAAAACCUUGCAGCUACACAUGGCCUGGCACACAUGAUCCAGGAGUGCAGGAAACUCUUCCAGGUACCGGAGGAGUUGUCUCGCUGCAGGAACUCGUAUGUGGACCAGGCCCUGAGUCCACUGCGGAUGGACGAGCUGCAGGACAGCUACAGGAGCGUGAUGAAGGAGAACGUGGAGGCGCUGCUAAAGGAAGCUAAGGACCGGUUCAGGGGAUACGAAAGCUGCGGGACUCCUGAAAACGCAGAACUGGCCUGUAGAAAGGUGAGCGACGGCCGGACUCUGCGACAGUGGAAGGUGUGUGUGGAGGUACCGGUGGCGCCGGAGGAGGUUCUGCAGAGGAUCCUGCGUGAGCAGGCCCGGUGGGACGAGGACCUGUUAGAGAGCAGGGUGGUGGAGACUCUGGAUGGAUCCUCGGAGGUGUAUCAGUAUGUCCGAAACACCAUGGCUCCACAUCCGCCCACGGACCACGUGGUGCUCAGGUCAUGGUUGACCGACCUCCCUAAAGGCGCGUGUGCGCUGGUGUGUGUGUCGGUGGAUCACAAGGCCGCGGCGGUGUUGGGCGUGCGCACUAACGUCCUGACGUCACGCUACUUUAUCGAACCCUGCGGGAAUAACAAGAGCCGCCUCACACACAUCUCCAGGACAGACUGCAGGGGGCGCUGCCCGGAGUGGUACAAUAAGCUGUACGGCCACCUGAGCGUCUCUGAACUGGUGCGAAUACGAGACUCCUUCACCUGCCCACUGGACAAAUAAACACACACACACACACACACACACACACACACACACACCUGGAGUGUGUUCUACCUUCUGAAUCUCCCCAUAUCCACAAUUAGUGGACUCUCAAAGGGAGAGGAGGAGGAGGAGGAGAAGCAGACAGACAGUGACUGCACAGUGAUUCAUACAAAAGCUACAAACAACAAAGGACAGAAAGAGAGAGAGAGAAAGAGAGAGAGAGAGGACACACUUGCUAUUAUGACAUCAUAAUAGACAUUGUCAUGGACGGGAGAGCGCUACGGCUUCUGAGAAGCAAGAAAAUACAUGUUUGUGUGUAUGUGUGUGAGAGAGUGUGUGUGAGAUAGAGAGAAAGAGAGAGAAAGAAAGAAAGAGAGAGAGAGAGAGAGAGAGAGAGAGAGAGAGAGAGAGAGAUGUACAAGUCUAUUGCCUGGCUAUUGUUGACAAAUGAGAUGUAUUCCAUGCACUGGGACCCUACUGCAAAAUACAAAAUACUAUGUACGCUUAGACUUAGUCUGUAUAGUGUGUGUGUGUGUGUGUGUGUGUGUGUGUGUGUGUGUGUGUGUGUGUGUGUGUGUGAGUGUGUGUGUGUGUCAUAUUAUUAGUCGCCUGCAUCCGCAUGGUUAUCUACAGCUCUUUCACCACAUCUGCUAAUAAAACCAUUAGAUGGACUGAAGGAUGGAUGGACAGAUGGAUGGAUAAAAGGAUGAAUGGAUGGAUGGACGGAUGGACGAAUACGAGUAUGGAGGUGUAAAAAUGAACAGAAGAAAGAAAGAAGUGUAAGGCACGGAUGAGGGUGGCUGGAACACCUUGUACGAGAAAAAAAAAAAAAAAAGAUGG